GGGAGCCCGACUUCGCAAGCUGGACUUGCCCCCAGCUUCGGGGUUCGAUCCCGGCUUUCGCGCGCCCCCCCAGUCCCCAGGGUUCCCCAAAGCCUGGCCUGGCUCCAGGCCUGGUUCUUCUGGGGCUGGAGCGGCGGCAAAAAGUUCAGGAACGCGGUCAACUGAACCCCCCAAGGAGCUAAUGAGGUCAGGCCCGCGGGGAGAGCGCGCAGUCGGUUCCAGCGCCGGAUGCGGGCGCGCGGGCCCGCCGGGCUGCACACGCCGCUGCGUCCAGCAGGCAGAACCCGGGUCCCCGGUUUUCGGCCAGGCCCCAGUGGCUUCCUUGAGCUUCGCUUUCGUUUCCCAAGUUAUAUUCAUCAUUAUCUUUUCCCCUAGUCCGAGCGAGGCCCGUGGGUGCAGCGGGUGCUGCCAGGUGGCCAAGUGCGCAACCCCAGGUCCUUAACCCAAAGCCUGGAGAUGAGUUGCUAUUUGACCUCUGGGCCGCGGUGGGCCGGAAACCGAGGCCUGGGCCCCGCUGGGGCUGCGAGGGGAAGGCGAAAUCCUGAGCGAGGCCAGGCCCUUUCCACUGGGCUCCCUUCUCUCAAAUCCCCGGUGCGGGCCCCAAAACCACCCCGCCAGACGCACAAAGGAGCCCGCAAGCUCGGCUUCCCAGGCCCACUUUCCCACACGCUCUGGAGGCCGCACCAGGGAGAGGGGAAAAUGAAGACCAGCUAGAUUUGAGAAUCUUCUUGUGUCUCCCCCCCCCCAAUCAUUGGGCAGUAAACUGGAAAAUCGGGCCACCACACGCGCCUUCCCUCCCUACCUCUGGGGCACUGAUGUUUUCCCCAACCUGCUCCCAGCUCGGGUUUUCUCCCCCAAUCUAGUUUCCUCCUCUCAGAAUAUUUUCCACCUUGAUUUUUUAUACAGCGGCGGGUAGGAGAACAGACGUUCCCCGUUUCAAAAAGUCAAAAACAAAACAGAGGCGAAGAUCGACGGCUGUCGAUCAUUUUUUUUCUUUACCGUCGCCCGGUUUUUUGUAAGAAAAGCCACCGUUUCCCUUUCCUCUCGCAGGAGAACUCGCUGAGGAGUCCGCCCCCUUUCUGUUUCUGUCCCCAUGUGUCCCCGCCUGACUCGGGUCCCCACUGAAGGAAGGAGCAAGGAGACGCGCGGGUCGGGGCUGGGAAAGUGGCCCCGGGCCCCGCGAGCGCCGCAUCGGGUCUCCUCCGGCUGGGUUUCCGGCCCUUUGGGGAGCAGCUGCGACAGAAGGGUCCAGAAGCGGGGACCCCAGGCGCUGUCGCUCCCGCCCCCCUCCCGCCCGCCGCAAUCUCACCCGGAAAACACUGGGGUGCAACUGACAGAGGUUCAGGGUGGAAAAGCUCGGGGCGAUAGUCCCCCCCACGCACACAUCCCCGCAUGGGGACUGGGUUUCGUGGUCACCAUGGCAACCCCGAGGUUCGGUCGAACAACCGCGGGGCGCGCCGGGGACCCUCGCGCACGGUCCGAGGCGCGUUCUGAGGCCUGCAAGGCGCUGCGGCCCGUGGCCCUCGGCUUUCCCGAGCCCCCUGCCGUGGGUUUCGACAAGGCAGGGGUUGGAAAAAAACUCCCUGUUUUUUCAACGGAGGUGAAAAAUCGAGAUUUUAGUACAAUCUCCGGCGGGGAGGUUCGGGUCUUGAGCAAAAGCCCCCACCUCGCGCUCAGAGCGGUGACUUCGGAGACGCGCGCGCGAGCGGGCUGCGGGCGCGAUGCUGCGGUGGGCGCCCGAGGCCCGCACCUCCGAGGUCUCCGCGGGGCCCUGGGACUCCAGGAGCCCUGGAACCUCUUCACGGCUCCUGCCCACCCCCACCCGCACCCCAGGCUCCCACAUCCGCCCAAGCAGCCCUUUCCAAGCCUGCCUGGAAUAGCCUCUCCAGAAGGGAAAGAGAAAAGUCGGAACGAAACUGGAGGCAUUCGCGUCUGCAAGGUCGUGCUGAGGGAAAGAAUAAAUUACACUCCUUUCCUUUUAGAGAAAACAUUUGCGAUGGUGAAUGCAAUAGAAAUGACAUUAAAAUCCUAUUUGGGGGUCGCAGGCCUUCCUUCUGGAACCUGCAGGGGGUAAAUGCCCCUUUCUUUGGGGGAGGGAGGUGGACAGUGGACAAUACAUUUAGCAUUUUGGAGGCAGCAAGCUCUGAGAAAGAACCCGGGCGCUGGCCAGCUCAGACUGACCAGCUUGGCGGUGAUUGAGGUGCCAGAGGAGAGGGGGGCCACAGAAGAAGGGGUCCAGGCCUGGCUGCUGAAGAGGCCUUUGGCCAUGGGAUGGGAGUGACUCCUCUUUUGGGGUCCUACCCCCUGUUUCACUCUCUACCAUGGUCCCCAUUUGUCUCAGGGCUGGUCAGGAAAGACUAAGCUUAGUUUCCCUUCCUCUACUUCCGACAGGCCAUCUAAUGUCCCCCAAAGCUCUGGGCUGGCCUGGAGUGCCCACACCCACUCCUUUCCAGUCUGAAUCCCAGGCAGUUACAGAGGUUCCCUUGACCUCAGUGGAGACCCCUGUCUCCUUCCCUUCCCAGAAUUUUGAGAAGAGCCCUGUGUCUACAGAGCCACAGAGAAAAUGGUGAGGAUUUGAGGCUCAAACAUCUGUUGGCAUUGAGGUGCAAUAACAACUAACGUUUACGACAGGCCGGGAGCUGUUGUAACGUGGUUUCACUUGCUCGUCCAGCUCUCAAAUAAUUAGGCUCAGAGAGGGCGAGGACUUGGCUCAGUCACACAGCCUGCUGGAAGCGCACCCAGCUCCUCGCCCUUUCCCUGGCUUUGUGUCUUCAGGUAGAGGCGGAAAGGGAACCCCAGGCGCUUCCCCAGGGGAGCCCGCAGGUGGCUCUGGGCUCAGCCGCUAAGGUCCGCCCUGGGAGGUGUGGAGGCGGUAAUGGGACGGACCUGGCUGCCUGGCCCGCAGGGUCCUGGCGGUCCUUCCCAGACACUCGCUUCUCAGGGUGGAGGGAGCAGGCCAGGCUCGGCCCUUUUGUCUUUGCGUCACUCAAGACGUAAUGCUCUUCCUGGGGCCCUUGGUCCCGCUGCCUCAAGGUCCCAGUGGCCGGUCUCAGGAAGGCCCCAGAGCCCUUAGGGGCUCCAGAUUGGGGACCCAGAGGGACCUGUGCCUGGCGCCGGUCCUGAGGACUCAUUCACGCCCCUCUGGUUGUCCCACUUCUAGGCUCUUCCAGCUGCUUGUUUGUUGCGACAGCCCACACUUCUCCCAGGCUGGCUCCUGGCGCAGCGCUGGCUGCCACAAGUCCAAGUUAAGAAGCAAAGGUGGGGGACUCUGAGAUCCAAACCCUGGGAGUAGCACCCCAAAGGGAGGCUCAAGGGGUUCCCAUUGUUUAAUUUCCUCUCUUCAGUUUCCUCUACCGGGGCCUGCCGUCCCUGAGGUCUUCUAGGGGACUGAUUCUUCCUGCCCCGGUGCAAAAAAAUGAGCUUCCAUCUCCAGGGUCCCCAGGGACCUCUACACCCUUCUCCCCCAGGACUCUGCGAGGACACCAGACUCUGUGUUGGGGGGCUUUGUCCCAGACCUCUCACUCCAGCUCCUCAGCAACAACAGCUCCCCCAAGGGCCCGAUUUCCUAGUGCACCCUGGUGAGUGCCUGGGACCCAGCCGUGCAUGCCUGAGCCCGGAGCACCUGAACCCGAGCCCAGGCCAGGCCAGGAGCGCUCCCCUUCCUCCAUCCCUGUCUCUACCCUGCAACACAGCUCCAGGUGGGCUGUGUGACCCCUUUUGUAUCUCUACGGGUGACAAUGUGUCAUUUGAGGAGGGACUUUGGGUACCUCUCCGCUGUUGUGUUAGUUUGUGCGUGUAUCAUUGUGUGUCCUUCCUUGAGAGAGGGCAUUUAAAAUAGAUGUAUUUUUUCUCCUUAUGUGAACA